AACUCCCCACUAAGAAUUCACUUCCCCUUUUCUUCUUCUUAACCAUAUUCCAUUGUUUUAUAUUCUCUCCUUCACAACAAGGCCAAAGGUAAAGCUCUGUUCUUUUUUGGCUUUCUCAAAGAAGAACCAUGCCUGUUCUUACAGAGAGCUCAGAGCACAUGAAAUGGAGAAGACCCAGAAGCCAAUUAAUCCAACCCAUUUCAGAAACAGAUCCAUACAACCCAAAUCCAGCUCCAUCAUCAUCAUCAUCAUCCAUAAUCCAAUCCACUCGCUGCAAAUCCACAAUCUCCUCCCUCCUCCUCUCAGGCUUCACCACCACCAAUGAAGCAGCCUCAUCCUCCUCAAAGAAGAAGACAAACUUUCCAUCUUCAGCUAAAUUCAGAGGCUUGGGGUGCACAGCCUCAGCCUCACAACAAGUCUCAGUGCCAGCUGUAAUCAGAAGCUCAGCAGAUUGGGAAGGAGGGAAGAAGGUGAAGAAUAAGAAGGGUUAUAAUAAGAAGAAUGUUAGGAAUGAGUUCAAGGACAAGAGCCAGAGCCAGAGCCAAGGAGUGGUUGCUAAUGAUGGGCCUGCUGGGUUUGGAUUGAACUCUGCUACUACUUUUAUGGAUUUUCAAGAUGUUUGGUGUGGGCCUGGAAUUGGGUUCUCAGCAGAGACUGCUGGCUCUGUGGAUUGUGUUGUGGCUAGGAGAAAUGUUUCUGGAAGAGGCAAGAUUGAUGGGGAUCAUAAUAGGAUGAACAGUCACCACAGGGAGCGUCCUUUUUUAGCUAGGCGAACUGUAAGCCCAGAUACUAUCUCGUUUCUUGAUUCUGAACCUGAAUUCCUCAUAAGCCAAUCCGAAUCUGAAGUGUUUGGAAGUAGGUGUUAUCGACAUGUUCGCCAUGCCUCUCCUGAAGGCCUCGCAGAGAUUAUGAUGUUUCAAAGUAGUCUUAUGAGGGGUGGAAGAUCAGACAUGGAUAGAUAUAGGGAGCUGAGACUUGAUGUUGAUAACAUGACAUACGAGCAACUGCUUGAACUAGGUGAGAGAAUUGGUUAUGUGAGUACUGGACUAAAAGAAGAUGAGAUUAGCCAGUGCCUUCGAAAAAUUAAGCUCUCAAUGAUGAAUGAUCAGUCACAACAUCCAUCUGGGCAAAUAGAUGGCAAGUGCAUCAUUUGUCAGGAGGAAUAUGAAGCAGAUGAUGAUAUGGGUAGACUGAAUUGUGGACACCUCUUCCACAUACAGUGUAUAGAACAGUGGCUUGCGCAUAAAAAAACUUGCCCUUUUUGUAAGGUUGAAGCGACAACUAAACGCUAGAGCUGGUGAACUCUUGGUUUCCCAUUCAGUCCUGGUGUUUUCAGUAACAGUGGAACCCUGCAUGUAUAGAUUUGUUCUUUAACACAUGAGCAAGUAUUCAUUAUCUGGUUUGAAGUC